AGAUGGAGCAGACCUGUGAUGAUAUAGAUGAAAUGUUCAGCAAUUUACUUGGGGAAAUGGACAUGCUCACCCAGAGCUUAGGAGUGGAGACUGUACCACCUCCAUCCCCCAAAGUGUCCAACAAUGACUUUAGCUUUACAGUUGGCUUUAAAGAUUUAAAUGAAUCCCUAAAUGCCCUAGAGGACAAAGACCUGGAUGCUUUAAUGGCUGAUCUUGUAGCAGACCUAAAUGAUGUUGAACAGAGAACUUUACAAGCCCAGAAAACUUCUUCUUGCAACCAGCAAAGUACAGUCACUCAGCCUUCAAUAGGCUUGGAUAGUGACAUUUAUUGUAAAGCAAGUCCCUAUGUUACCAUUACUGGACAGUUUGGGGAUGACUUGCCCCCUCCACCUCCAGGCCCUGACUUAGACCUUCCACCACCACCACCACCACCUCCUCCUGAGCCACUUACCCAGGAAGAACAAGAGGCAAAGGCUAAAGCUGACAAGAUUAAACUUGCAUUGGAGAAACUGAAGGAAGCCAAAGUUAAAAAGCUCGUUAUCAAGGUGCACAUGUACGAUAACAGCACAAAGUCACUAAUGGUGGAUGAGCGUCAGGUGGCACGGGAUGUUUUAGACAAUCUCUUUGAGAAAACCCAUUGCGACUGCAACGUGGACUGGUGUCUGUAUGAAAUGUACCCAGAGCUGCAGAUUGAAAGGUUUUUUGAAGACCAUGAAAAUGUCGUUCAAGUGUUAUCAGACUGGACUCGAGACACUGAGAAUAAGAUUCUGUUUUUGGAAAAAAGUGAAAAAUAUGCUUUAUUUAAAAAUCCCCAGAACUUCUACCUGGCAAACAAAGGGAAGAAUGAAAGCAAAGAAAUGAAUGAUAAAAACAAAGAGGCAUUACUGGAGGAAAGCUUCUGUGGGACAUCUGUCAUUGUGCCAGAGCUUGAAGGGGCCCUUUAUUUAAAAGAAGAUGGAAAAAAGUCCUGGAAGAGACGUUAUUUUCUUCUACGAGCUUCUGGAAUUUAUUAUGUACCCAAAGGAAAAACCAAGACGUCGCGGGAUCUGGCAUGUUUCCUUCAGUUUGAGAACAUGAACGUGUAUUACGGUUAUCAACACAAAGUGAAAUAUAAGGCACCCACAGAUCACUGCUUUGUCUUAAAGUACCCCCAGAUUCAAAAGGAGUCGCAAUAUAUCAAGUACUUAUGCUGCGAUAAUCAAGCAACCCUACAGCAGUGGGUAACAGGAAUAAGAAUUGCCAAGUAUGGCAAGACACUAUAUGAUAAUUACCAAUGUGCAGUGAAGAAAGCUGGAUUGACCUCUCACUGGGCAAAUCAAGGAAAGGUGGAACCAGCUGCCCCUGCAGGAUCUUCAGCAGCAGGUGCUAUUCAGUCAAAUGGACAGAUUCCCCAAACUGUUCGGCGUUUCAGUGCAGAAUUUCCAGACACUCAGAAGAAAGUGGAGGCAUCAGAGGCACAGUCAAAUAACACCAGUGCCCCUGGCGUGGCACAGUCAUUGCUGAGGCCACAGAAAUUCCAGGGUAAGAGGAACUCACUGCAGCCUCCUCCUCCCCCUGAAAGGCGUUCAUCUGCUAUUUCUGCUUCACCAGUUCUACCCUCCAAAGUGAAACGAGACAGUGGCAUUUUCCUAACAGAGCCAGAGAGCUGUCCACUACCACCACCUACACUGAAGAUUGAUUUGCCUCCACCACCAUCUGAUUUCUAUGAACCUCCUCCUGAUUUUGUGCCUCCACCACCACCAGUCUCCAGCAGCAGUAAUGGAGACCUGCCAUUACCUCCUCCACCUCCACCCGUCCUCAGUAAGCCACCACCACUUCCAACAAAGAAACCUGUGCCACUUCCUCCAAAAAGGCUAGAAAACACAGGACCAGCUGGAGAGCCACGGUCAGCGGGGCCACCUCUGAUCGGGGCAGGAGGGAAGCAACCAGAUUUCAUGUCUGACCUAAUGAAAGCUCUUGAGAAGAAAAGGGGCAGCAGCAGCUCCUGAACUCUAGCAACAGGUGGACUUUAAGGCAUAACUGGUUUUGUGAGGCAUCAUAGAAGGUCAAGCUGGAUCAGGCUCCUCCAGGAGGAAUUCUC